GUGGUAUGACUGUAAUGACAAAAUAAAUUGGUCGCCAGGGCAAACUGAUAAGAUAAUUUAUUUGAAAAAAUCCUGUUACAAUACACAAAUGGGUGCAGUCCGCAGAGGCAAACAGACUUGAGCACAGGAGCAGGGCAGACUGCUGGGCUGACAGAAGGACAGCAAUUCAGAAAAAUUUGGACUGGUGAUGGAAAAAUCAUCGGUUUGUAAGAAAGAAACUCAGGUCUCUCAUCGUCCGAAAUUAAAUCUUGUUCUUGAUGAUGGAAGUGUGAAGAAAAAAGUUCUGCAUGCGUUCCAGAAUGGAUCUGAUUAUGAUGAUUCAACAAUAUCCAUUUCUGGUUACCCGUUCACCCACGGAGUUAUCAAGAAUUUUGUGACAGAUGGAACGAGCAAAGCAACAAAAAAUCCACAAACUACAGAUUCCAAAUUUCUCCAGUCACUGAAAUCUGAGUUACUGAAUCUGGAAUUCAAUGAAAAAUCAAACGACUUGUUCAAGUUUGUUCAGAGCAAUGAGCUGAUGCUGGACAAUGAAGACCCAGCAGAUUCUUCAAUAUUCCAGCCACGUAAAAAUGUCAAUCAGCUAUGUUCACUCUUCCGUGACUCUAUGUUGCCAUGGAUACGUGAAAUCACUGGAGUGGAACUAAAUGACACCAUAGAUAUGUUUUGUGCUCAAUAUAAAAAAACAGAUGUUCUUCUCUGUCACGAUGAUGAACUUGAAGACAGAAGAAUCGCUUAUAUAUUUUAUUUAACUGAUGAUUGGUCUGAAAAAGACGGGGGAACACUUGAUUUAUUCAGCGUGGACGAAUCUGGCGACCCUGACAUGAUCAUGAAAUCUCUCGUACCUUCUUUCAACACUUUAGUUUUCUUUGACGUUUCACCGAUCUCAUAUCACCAGGUUUCAGAAAUUUUAGCUGAAAACAAAGUUCGUCUUUCACUAAGUGGUUGGUUUCACGGUUCACCUCUACCACGACCUAUACGACCUUUGACCUCAAAGUGUCCGGCGAUAACUUUCCUUCCUGCUCAACAGGACUUAGACCUCUUGUCACAGUGGAUCAAUCCUGGAUACCUGAGCAUAGAGACGCAGGGUACGAUACAGGAACAGUUUGAAGGGAGCUCAGAAAUACAACUGCCUGGAUUUCUGGUGUCUGACAAGUACAAAGAACUCAGCGAAUCAAUGCUACACUUAUCAAAAUAUGAUCAAUUCUGGACGAGUCACGGUCCACCGAACAGACGUAAAUACGAAGCAAUAAAGUUUGAUCAAGAUUUUGAAAUCUCAGAAAACGACGUUGUUUACUCCCCAGAAAAGCCCGAAAAUUCUUCAGCCGGAGCGGACAUUGACGAAUCUAAAAAACUUCAAAUUUCUGUAAAAACGAUGGAAGCCUAUAAUUUGAUAAAUGAUUUUAUUCGCUUGUUCUGCUCUGAAGAAAUGUUUCUUUAUUUAUCUAAUAUAACAGGUCUGUAUUUUCAUCCAAUGGCUGCCAAUAUUGAUGACACAGGUAGUGAUGUCACUGAUGAUGUCACAGAUCCGAUUCCAGCUAAAAGAACUAAAAGUUCUGACAAAAAAUCUGAGAAUGUUGCCGGUUUGAAUUCAAAGUGCAGAUAUGAAGUAAGAUGCUGGUCAAAAGGUUGCUACACAUUGCUGAGAGACACAGACUCAGAAAGAGGAGAGUUUGCGUUGGAUGUUAAUCUGCAUUGCUGUGCUGAAGGUUGGCAACAGGACUACGGUGGUUACACUACUUACAUAGCACAAGGCGAAGACACAGAGCUUUUGACUGUGUUGCCGUCAAGCAAUUGCCUCUCUCUGGCGUACCGAGAUAGUGAAGCUCUCCGAUUCGUUAAGCACGUCAACCAUAAAGCACCGAAACCAUAUUUUGAUAUUUCGUUUGUAUAUUGCGAAUAACUUCUGGAACUACGAAUAUCUUUCAAAAAUGACUGAAAAGGUCUUUUAUCUUUGUAGUCUUGUGCAAGAUAGCAGAGAUUAGGGCUAUGAGGUCAGGACAUUUGUAAUUGACUCCCGUAUCCCGAAAAAUAUGACUCUUACUUCGAGUCCAGGCUGUAAAAGAUUUCGACUACAGCUUCUAACUUUGAGAAAAUUUUAAAUUCCUAAAUUUAAAAAUUGUGGAGUAUACUAGAUUUCUUUAAUACUGUUCAAAGCAUACUUUCUUACGCUUGGUAUACCUUAUUUUUUCGGAUUUCUGUAAGAAAUAUUUUAACUUUUAUAACUAUUGACAGUACGAAAGUUACUCUUGAUUGAGGAGAAUCAAAAGUUUUGAUUACUAUUCUGAGGAGUUCAAAAAUACAAGUCGAACGUCGGUGACAAUGCGCCAAACUUUGACUCGUGGUCAGACUGUUUCUUCUGUUUUUGAUCUUUUUUAUUAAACUGACUUUCAUUGAUCGAUAUCCCCAAACAGGCUUCUUCUCCUCCUGACUUCAAGAAGUAGUUUAUUGGUUUUUCAUACAGAGAAUACACUUUGUACUCACAAAAUAUAUAGAAUGGCCUUUCAGUGUGAGGGGAGACUGGGAAAACAAUACUAAUAUUCAGCAGUUGCCCUUAAUUGAGCUUAACUUUAAUUAAUGUAAAGUUAAAUUAAAAAUGUUCUUUGGCUGCUUUUCGGUCGUGUUUCAUGCCAGUCCAACAGCAUUUUAUCAUAAAAUCUUCCUUACCAAUUUCUUCCCCAGAGUAUCGAAAAAUUUUUGGAAAAAAAGAGCUUCAAUAUUUUCUUGUUCAAUACGACAAUUUUUUAAUCUAAAAAAAUUAAGUUAAUUUUUAAAUUUUCUGAGUAAAGUUUGAAGUCGAGUCAAUCACUUACAGUUAGAAUCGAGUCACUCUGAGUUCCGAGCCAUUUACCCAUCCCUCGUCUGUUUUCAGUGUUUUUAUUUUUUUUAUUCCUUUUAUCUCACUGUAGUAGUAUUGUUUAUUCUACUAAUUGGGAAUAUUUAUUUUAUAGUGUUUGGGAACGUUUGCUGUUAACAGGGCUCUAGCCAAGCAGCCACUGAUAUAUGAGGAUCUGUUAUAUUUUUUAAAGAACUGUCUCUUUUUAGUUUUAUUAUUCAUAAGCCUACUUGAUUUCAUUACCGUAUUUUGCGGACCAUAAGGUGCCUUAAAUAAUUUUUUCCUCUAAAAUUAGUCGUGCGCCUUACAAGCCAACGUGUCUAAUAUAUCAGGUUGUGCUUUAUUGUCUACACCAGAGGUUCCCGUAAUUUUUGUUCGACGGCGCCAUUUUACCAAGGAAAAAACUCACGGCGCACUUACAAAAAAAAACUCCUUUCAAACAAAACUUAAUUUUGUGAUCGUCAAUGUGUACCUAAUGCCUUUUAAAUUCUGUAAACAUGUAGGUCUAUGCAAUAAUGGCAAAAGCCUGAUUGUAAUUUGAAAUCCAAAAAAAUUAGUCAUAUUUGCUAAACUCGAUUCAGCAGAUAAAUUGACUGCAGAUCACGAAAUUCAAGCAAAUAGUGGUUACCUACCUGCCGGUGCGCUUUACGUAUGGAUCAGGUUUCAUUGCCUACGCUCAACCAGUACUCGUCUCAUAGCAUGGUGUGCCCUGCUGAAUAAAAACCUAAUCCAAUCUUAGCGAUUUAAUCACAGCGAGCCUUAUGGUCCGUGAAAUACGGUACUCUCUAUUCUUUCUAAAUGUUUUCGUGUCUAUGAAUAAGGCUCUUUCUAUAAGGCUCAAGACAAGGAGUUAUAUUUUUGAAAAAAACUGGAAUUUUUUUUAUUCUGUUUUGUUGUGUUUCACAUUGCUGCUCUGCAUCGAACACUAGGCAAGCAAGCAUUGGUAUGGAAGAAACUACUCUAUUUUUGGGGGGCUACAAUCUGUCUGGUUCAGCAAUCUUACCCGAUUUAAAAUAAAUGUUGAUUGAAGUGGUCGGCAUAUAGUUUGAAACUGAUUGUGCUAAAAAGGGGGCAAAAUGAGACCAGUGUGCUAAAAAGGGUUAAAUGGGGCUCUAUAUUAUAGAUACGACCAGUUCGGCCAUUUAAUACUAUUCAUGAUUACCCAUUAAGGGAAAAAUCUUUUCAAGAUUAUUGAGAAGUAGGAACGAAGACUUGCAAAUCCUAUGUAAUGUGCUGAUUGCUUUUACCAAUUAUACUAUUGUAUGUAUCGAUUUCGUUUGCUUUUCAAUAAAUUUUUCAUUGAAUAAAGUGAUGAUUUAUAGG